UACAAAAAUAUUAAAAUACUAAGAUAAACCGGUUGUUGACUAGUCACUACUCACUAGUUGCUGUUCACCUCAGUCCUCCUCACUUCCUGCAUCAUCUCCAUCUUCAUUUCUCCUCAAUCCUCAUCAGUUCAUCACUACAAUUCCAGAUUUUCAACACUCACCUCAAAUUCACCCAAAAACUUCCAUCAAUUUCAUUAAAAACUCACAUCUUACAUUUCAAUUAACCACUUAUUAGUUAUCAUCAACCAUGAUUUUCAAUACCCACCUUUAAAAUCACUCAAAACUUCCACUAAUUUCAUGAAAAACCCACAUCUUUCAUUACAAUUAACCAAUUAUUUGUUAUUAUCACCAUAAUUUUCAAUACCCACCUUUAAAAUCACCCAAAACUUCCACUAAUUUCAUGAAAAACCCACAUCUUUCAUUACAAUUAACCAAUUAUUUGUUAUUAUCACCAUAAUUUUCAAUACCCACCUUUAAAAACACCCAAAAACUUCCCUCAAUUUCAUGAAAAACCCCCAUCUUACAUUUCAAUUAUCCACUUAUUAUUAGUUAUCAUCAUUCAUCAACCAUGAUUUUCUCUCUCCAAAUCCCACCUUCAACUUAUCAUCCACCACCACCACCACCACCACCACCAUCAUCAUCAUCAUCAUCAUCAUCAACACUCUUUCUCUCUCUACCUUCUCUCACAAAACCCCCUAAAAAAACCUCACUUUCAUUCCCUACAAAACCCAUCAUUCUCUCUCCUCCAAUUCAAUGUCAUUCACCCCACAUAAACAUGGACAUAGACAUGAUCCAAACUAAAGAAGGAAUCUUUACCCCAAAACAAACAAAAGUAGUUGUUUUAUGGGAUUUAGACAACAAACCACCUCGUGGACCUCCAUACGACGCCGCUUUAUCCCUGAAAUCCCUCGCUGCACGCUUCGGCGACGUCGUUGAGAUCUCCGCUUACGCAAAUCGCCAUGCUUUCUCUCACCUCCCUACACGCGUGCUCGAAGAACGUCGAGAGAGGAAAAGAUUGGAUGUUUUAGAGCGCAAAGGUAUAUUAACUUGUUCUCCUGAUGCAUAUGUUUGUACUGUUUGUGGGAGAAAAUGUAGGACUAACAUAGAAUUAAAGAAGCAUUUUAAACAGUUACAUGAGAGAGAAAGGCAGAAGAAGUUGAGUAGAAUGAAACAAUUGAAGGGUAAAAAAAGACAGAGGUUUAAAGAGAGGUAUUUAGAUAAGAAUGUUAAGUUUGAAGAAGCUGCUAGGAAUUUGAUUAUGCCUAAAGUAGGGUAUGGUUUAGCUAAGGAGUUGCGGCGAGCUGGGGUGUAUGUAAAAACAGUUGAGGAUAAGCCGCAGGCGGCUGAUUGGGCGGUUAAGAGACAAAUGAUGCAUUCUAUGAGUAGAGGGGUUGAUUGGUUGUUGUUGGUUUCGGAUGAUUCAGAUUUUAGGGAGAUGUUGGGGAAGGCUAGGGAGGCUAAUUUAGGGACUGUUGUUGUUGGGGAUAGGAAUGGGGCGUUGGGGGCGAAGGCGGAUAUGUGGGUUUCGUGGAUUGGGGUUGAGAAUGGGGAGGUUGGGGAGAAGGAUUUGGUGCCUAAGAGGAAGAAAGUGGAGGAUUGGGGUGAGUGUGGUGAUGAUGAUGAGGGGUUGUUUUCGAUGUCGGAGUUUGAUGAGGGUGUUGAAGGUGAUGAGACUGAAUUGGAUCAUAUUGUGGAUGAGGUUGUUCGUCCUAAUGGGAAGUCUAAUGCCGGGAGUGGGAGGUUCUCGAUUUUUUCUGAGGGAGAAGAAGAUGAGGAGUGGAUGGAUGAUGAUGAUUACGAAGAAGAUGAUGAUGAUGAUUUCGACUCUGAAGAUGAAUUGGAUUAAGAACACAGAUGAAUAUCAUAAUGAUGAAUCUCUAUUCGUUGGAGUGUGAAUUUGCGUGCAAGAACCAAAUUAUGCCCAUAUAUAUUCUUUGAGCUUGAACUAUUUGUGUUGAUCUUUGAAGAUCUUUGAGGAUCUCUGAGAACUGAAUCCCCUGAGGUUGAGAAACAUGUGUAUUGUUGCUAAUGCGUAUCCUAAGUUCCCAACUUCUGGCAUCAAAGAAUGGUUGUUCCGAGCUAAUGUGUCAUCCACUCACUCAUCCAUCUUGGUACUAUGGUAAUCAUGUUUUUUCCUUCAAUGACUUGUUCAAGCAACAAUACUGUAGAUAGAUAUUAGAGAAUAUUUUCCCUUCAUGUUUGUGCAAUUUGUGUAUGAUAUCUUGUUCCGGGUCUUAUGUUCAGAUAUGUCCGAAAUCCACUUCAAUUCUUUUGGUGAAAACAAAGUUAUACAAUAAUGGUUAGAAGUUAGAACU